AUGAACAGCUCUGCCAUUGUGAGCAUCACCCUCUUUGGCUGCUCCUGCCUACUUCUAAUUUUUUAUUCGCUUAGCAUGCAGACCGUGCGUCCCGGGUGUGCAUUCAGCGUUCUCCAGAACUUCACCGCUCGACUCCCCUACUUCCCGUCCGAGACGUUUGAGCAGCGUCAGCAACGUCUGAACGAUGUCCACGCGGUCAUAGAACAGAAUUCGGAUCCACUUCCGAAACGAACGUCAAAUUUGACAGCAUCUGAAUUUUGUUCUAUUAAAGGGAAUUGUAUACGACCGGUGGCAAAAUAUGAUACAAGGUGGAAAGUAUCCAACAAAUUCAAACUAGCUGCGUGUCUGAUUCAUAAAACCAUGUCAAGCGUGAUGACCGGCAUUAUGUGCUUCUUGGAAAAAGCUCGCUCCUACAAACAAGUUAAUGCCACCGUAACCAGUUAUGAACAGGCUAAAACUAUUUGCCACGGAAAUCACAUCACCGAUUUCGCGCAGAUGGAGGAGAAAUAUAAUCUCGUCGGCUGGGAUUUCGUGGUCCUCACCCGACAUCCUAUUGAUCGAUUUUUAAGUGGAUACGUGGAUCGCUGCAUACGUAUGGCGGGCCCAGUUCGAGGGGAAGACUACUGUAAUGGCUGUGGAAUGAACAUGACCUGUUUUCUCGAAACCGAAUAUCAAAAAAUUCAGCGCCAAAUCCAAAACAAGAGAAUUUCGCGGGGAUUCGUGGACAGACAUUUCUAUCCUCAAUCUUGGCGCUGCCAAAUCCUCGAUAACGCCGACAGGUACAAGUUCAUCAAGUACACCAGCGACCCCGCGGAAAAUGUACUUCCCGAACUGGAAAAUGUAUUUACGAAACAUAAGGUCCCAAAAUCGUACAUUGACUUUGUGCGGAGUCAACUGACGAGUCUCCGAACUGUCCAUGCUACUAUUGCUACGCCAUCGCGACAAUUUCUUGAAGAACGAUUAUUAUCCAGUGAUUAUCUAUUAGAACUUGUAGUUCGUAUAUUUUAUCACGAUUUUCGGAUUCUGAAUUAUCAACUGCCUUUC